AUGUCUUCAAAAAAAUUGAAACCUAUCAAAAUUAGCAACACUGAUGAUAGUCAAAAUAUUCAAAUAUGGAAACUGUUAGCUCAUAAAUACUGGGGAACUCUUGUUGCUUUUCUAAUUUCGAUUUCAGCUGGAAUAGCGAUAGGAGCUUCUUCACGUUCAAUGAUCGAAUCAUAUAUUUAUGGAUCUGUUGUUGCUGUCCAAGGUAUUAUUUGCUUCCUUGCAUCAUUUUUUUACUCAAAUCUUUACAAAAGAUCAACACUACGAAAAUUUACAAUAUAUUUACUAAUAAUUGCAUGCUUGAUUCCAUCAAUUUGUUGGUGUGGCUUUUAUUUAGAAUAG